AUGGGCAAUCUAGGUGACUUAUCGCCGGAGGGUAGUGUUGCGGUUGGUGUAAUUGUUGGGCUAAUCUCAACCAGCCUCCAAGCUAUUGGGCUCACGCUCCAGCGCAAGUCGCAUUUGCUCGAGGACGAGAAACACCCCUACGAUGUGCGCAGACCCCCCUACAAGCGCCGACGAUGGCAAGUAGGAAUGGGGAUGUUUGUGAUUUCCAACAUUGUUGGAAGUACCAUCCAAAUCACCACACUUCCGUUACCAGUUCUCUCGACGCUCCAAGCGUCUGGAUUAGUGUUCAAUACUAUAUUUGCGACCCUCAUUCUCGGUGAACCCUUUACUCGAUAUUCUCUCGCAGGCACCGGCCUCGUCUGCAUCGGCGCGUUGUUGAUUGCGACCUUCGGCGCCAUCGGGGAACCCGCACAUACCUUAGAUCAGCUUCUAGACCUCCUCCAGCGACGGCCGUUUCUUCUGUGGAUGGGUGCCACUACUCUGCUGGUUGUUGUGGUACUUGUAGUCACCAAACUGCUGAAACACUUCAUGCCAUCCUCACGCGCGAAACCCUCAGCCUCCGGUCAUUUUUCACCACAUCUGCUGCGACUGCAAAGCCGAAUGAGAUUGAUCCGCGGCAUGAGUUAUGGAUUUGUCAGUGGUAUACUGUCGGCUCACUCCCUUUUGCUAGCAAAGUCGGCAGUGGAGCUUCUCGUUCGCACAGUGGUAGACGGUGUGAACCAGUUCAAUCGUUGGCAAUCAUGGGCUAUCCUGCUAGGGAUGAUCUUCCUAGCGCUCACACAGCUGUUCUAUCUCCAUCGAGGGCUGAAACUGUGUAGUACUAGUGUACUAUAUCCUUUUGUGUUCUGCAUCUACAACAUCAUUGCUAUCAUGGAUGGCCUGAUCUACUUCCGGCAAGUGUCUCAACUGGCGGGCUUCCACGCCGGUCUCAUCGCUCUGGGGACAAUAGUCCUCUUGGGUGGUGUCUUUUGCCUGUCAUGGCGACUUGAGGAUAUCGAUACUCACGCCGCUGUCAUCACUGUGGGUUCCACGCAGACCGGACUUGGGCCGGGUAUGGCAAUCGUGGAAGGGCACUCUCCAACAUCACCUGGGUUGCUUGACGGCCAGGACGAGGAAUCACAGAUUGGAGAAUGCGAGCCACUUCUUAACCCGAAGACCCAUACUCGGCAUCUUUCAUAUCAGCGGGGAAGAGCUCCAAGCUUACCACUCAAUUUGCAUUUCGAUCGCGACUCGGCCGAUCUAAACCCUGCAUCUAUUUGGGCUGAACUCGAUGAUUCGGACUACGAAUCCACCGAUGGACACAGACGAUCCUCAUCAGAUCGCCUACGCAGCGUCAGUGGUAGCGCAACUCUAAACGGCCCAUUACGGGGUCUAACACGACACUCGACGACCGGCGCUACUACACAUGAUCGCGAAAGGGGAUCUCGCCGAAUCCUAGGAUCACUACGUGAGAACCCAUGGCGUCGCACCUCGGCACCUCAGAGUGGGUUAUCGGCCGCCCAUCGUACACGGUAUGGAACCAUCCAAGAGAAUGCCGAUGAUAAUCACUGGCGCGACGACUCCCCUAUCCUUCGUUCGUCUGGCACCAGGUCUGGUCUUCUUGUUGGCUCAAAAAGGGCUCUGUCAGGUGCCUGGAGGUUUGGGAGACAAUAUCUGCCUCGGUGGAGCAGCCCGCAGGCGGGUAGUCAGGCUGAGAUUGACCCAGAAGAUAGCUCUUCCUCGUCCCUACUCCCGGACUCCGGUGUCCGUCUUCCACGAACACGUCAUACACAGGGAAUCCCUGUUCCUGAAUAUGACACCCUCCAGCCAGCGUCAUCCCCCUGA